AACUCAGCUGUGAAGUGUUGAUGUUGAGAUUUACUUUCAAGGUUAUGUUUAUUAUAUUUUAGCGUCAGUUUGUGUUUAUUGUGUUCAAAGAUAGGACGUCACUUAAACAUUUUAUCAUUGAAGAAGAAAAGAAAUGGAACGCAAUGAGGAGGAUUGGUCGUUAGAAUGCUCCGACGAUGAGAAAUACGAAACUGACGGAAAAAACGAAUGGAUCUUGAAACCAGACGACAUAUUAACGUUGAUCGAGGCUCUCGAAGCUAACAAUAGGGUUCUGGAGCUAGAGUGGAAAUGUCCAGGUAGAAGAGGUCCUUCUCCAGUUCUGUCAAACAAUCGCCAACAAGAUAGCGGCUCACAGGAGUACAAGACCCAAGAAAAGUCAGACUUUGACUUCAUGGAUGAAAUGUCAUCGCCAAGAUUACCUGUUAGAAGAAUAGGUGAAAGUACUCCAAAGGGGAGUGCCAAAAAGAAAACUGCUAGCUUUAAUGGUGUACUGUCUACUAUGAUGCGACAUCGCAGAUUAGAGCAACAAGAAAUUAAUUCAAGUCCAAAAAAGACAGAAUCACCUGUGCCAAAGACCCAAUAGGUCUAAUUAUUCUGUUUCAUUAGACACUCGUGUUUGAUAUCUUAUUAAAGUUAAGCUCAUACAAACAAUAUUUUAAUUUUCAGUCCAUGUAUAUUUUUCUAGGAAGAUUACAAAGUGUUUAACAACAUA